CCAAAGCCAUUUUGGCGAACUGAUCAUGGCAGAGAUUCUUGGGAAAGAGACAGUUGAAUCUUCAAUCAGAUCAUCGCCCGAUCGUGCCAGAAGCAUUUCCUCUCUUCUCCUCGGUGUUUUUUGGGGGUAAGGAAUAAUACGUGUUGGUGUUGGGGAACGCGUUAGGUCGGAGAUGGGGUUCCUGGUAAUGACCGUACUGUUUAUAGUGGUUGGGAUUAUUGCAUCCCUUUGUGUGAGAAUCAUUUGCGACAAAGGGCCAUCUACGAAUCUGCUGCACACGACUCUGGCUAUCACGGCAACUGUGUGCUGUUGGAUGAUGUGGGCAAUCGUGUACCUCGCACAGAUGAACCCUUUGAUCGUCCCCAUUCUAAAUGAAUCUGAGUGAUCGAUGUCGCGGAAUGAGACAUCAGGUGUGUGCAAUCUCUUCUUGAGGGAGAUUUAUCCAUUGUUUGAUUCUUUCUUUAAUAGAUGAAUUGAUGAUUCUAUUGGGGAGUUGAUGAAUAUUUGAUGCCAAAUUUUUGUGUGUAGUUUAGUCUCUAUUUCCAUUGUUAUUUUCUGCUCUUUGUAAAUAUAUUACUAUAUAUUUUUUAUGUUUGAGGAAGAAAAAAAGACAAUAAAUUUGGUGUAGUUUUGGGAAUUAUAUGUUGAUGAAUAAUUACUGCAUUGGGUGGGUUGUCUCUGUGUAAUUUUGAAAAAUAAAAUAAAAUUGUUCUCUAUGAAAUUAAUUUGAAAUAUAGCGUGGAUUUAAGUGUUUUUUUAAAAUAGUAUUUUAAUAUAAUAUUUUAUAAAUAAAAUUACUGUAUUUUUAUUGAAAAUAUGAUAAAUAAUAUUGAUUUUAGUUUAAAAUUACAGAAGAACAGAACACAUUUGAUUUUAAUUAUUGGGUUGAAUUUAAUUCUUUUUGAAA